AUGCAGUUUCGCAUCCGCCGCAGCGCCGCCUACGGCGAUCGCCUAGUCCUUCUCGGCUCCACCCCCGCCCUGGGCAAGUGGGAUCUAAAUCGUGCAGUCCCGUGCGCCUGGACCUCGGGUGAUGUUUGGGUAGCGUCUCACGUCGCCCGCCCCUUUCUUCAUGCUCCAUCUCGCUUUGAGUUCAAAUUUGUUAUCAUUCAGAAGGACGGCCCCCCUAUAUGGGAGCCCGGCCCGAACCACAUUGCCCACAUCCCUGUCCAUCCCGCUCUCCCCCUCGUCAUAUCUAUCGAUUGGGCACGCCCGAAAAAUCUCAUCAUCCCCGACGAACCGAACAAGUCCCCUCUCAACGGAUUCAUUUCCCAGGAGGAGCCGCCUGCAACCAGUCCCCCUCCAACACCCGCCGAGAAGGGCGGUAAGCAUCCCGCCGACGGUGCUGCCAAUCCACUGGCAAUAGCAGUCGCCAGAGUUGCUGCACAUGCAGGCAACGGAGAUGAAGCCUCAGAACAGCAAGAAGCUGUCCCGGUCAAGUUUCGGAUAAAGUACAGACCUGACGAGGGUGAAUUGGUCUACCUUUUGGGCAAUAUCCCCGAGCUUGGAGCUUGGAAAAAGGUGCAUUCUCCGCUCAUGGCCCCCGCGAAGAAUGGAGAUGGCAUAUUUGAAGUCACCAUGACCAUCCCGAGAGAUGCAGAAUAUGAGGAGUUUGAGUACAAGUACUUCAUAAGGCGGCCAGAUGGAACUCGGCGUUGGGAGGAGGGAGAAAAUCGAAUUGCUAGGCCCUUUGAUAAGGCCGCCCCACGGGAGAAGGAUGGCGAUGGGGCCGUGCUUUGGGAUGAUCGCUGGGAGAAAAUUCGCAUAGAGUUCAGUAUUUAUUAUGCGACAAAAACCAACCAAGUCAUGUAUGUCACUGGAGAUCCGGCUCAAAUCGGGGCAUGGUUCAAACCUGGACCGACUCGCAUGACUCUGGGGCCUGUAGAAGUUCUAGAAACUGACGUCAAGGGCCGGAAAUGGUACUUGAGUGUAUGGACAGACCCAAAGCAGAAGCCCUUCUCCUACAGAUACAUAAUCAUCAAUGAGAAGACGAAACAAGAACUCUGGGAACGAGAACCGAACAGACGUGGGGAAUUUGAAGCGGCUGAUCCUGUAGUAAACAGCGUGCGGAUACUUCGUGAUGUCAAUUUCGUAUCCGAGAUGCACUUUGAUCAUGUUCCACCAAACAUGUUCAUCGGCCCAUAUCCACAGACACCUGCUGAUGUGGAUGCUAUGGCUAAAGGGGGCGUAACAGGGGUGUUCAACGUGCAGACUGACGAAGAUUUCAAGCACAGAGGUAUUCAAUGGGAUGUGUUGAUGGAGCGAUAUAAAACACACGGCAUUCAAGUGGAGCGGCAUCCGAUUCGAGAUUUUGAUCGAGACUCACUGCGCCAACAUCUGCACGCAGCUACCCGCCAUCUGGAUAAGAUGCUCAAAGCAGAUAGGAAAGUGUACAUCCAUUGCACAGCGGGGAUGGGGCGUGCCCCCGCCGUAGCGGUGGCAUGGCUGUGCUGGGUGGAAAAGAUGGACCUGGACGACGCAGUGACUUUCGUCAAGAAGCAUCGCACGGUGGCGGUGCCAAAUGUGCCGGUACUAAGGGAAGCAUUGAAAGAACCCUACUAGGAGGCACUGUUAAUAUUGCACGAAGGGUUAAUAGUCGGUGGGGUAGACCUGUGUAAAAUGAAUACGCCGUGUCGAAUUCGGGAAGCGAAGGGCGUUGAGAUUUGGACUCGCGUACUCUCAUGGCAGGUGGAAAUCGUGACUCAUCUGCCCUACUGCAGGUGGUGUAUGCCUGAGGACUGCAGUCCGAUAGAGCUCAUAUUUUGUGCGAUGCGAGUCGGAAUAUGAAAAACCGCAGGACUGUGUGGCAUGGGCGUCUCUCGAGUGCAAGGUUGCAAGGCCAUCGCUCUCCUCGUGUGUGCUUGACAAGACGACUCAAACAGUAUGGCAGGACGAGCAGUAAACAACAAGACCGAGACUCACAAAAAAACCCGACUCAAAACGCAGUCACUGUUGAUGUAGUUUUGCACUACUGUACAGAUUGUACACGAUGAGCGUUGCCUUGAUCCUUUGCAUUGGUCACGUUUAUGAACGAGACGGGUAAAUUAGAAUCUUCCAUGCAGUAACGGGAGGUCGUUAUACUGUACCUCA